GUGCUAUUCACGUGGAUCGUCUGCAUUUGGACUUUGUGUGAGUGAGCAUGAGAAGAGAGACACAUGCUUUGACAGUGAUUUCCUGUGCGCCCCCGAUGCGCUCAUUGGUGCGUGCCUCCAACGUGUCACCAGUUUUGGUGGAUUACCCCGGUAGAUAUGUUCACCUCCUGAAGGGUGAAACACCACUCCCUUCUCUCAGCUCCUGCUCUCACUGUUUCCAGCUGCCAACAAAGACCCAACACAAACAAGAGCUAGAAAACUUCCAGACCAACUCAAGUGGAAACAGUUGGAAGAUAGCUGUCAUUUAGAUCUUGACUCACACAUUUUCUCCUAAGGGUCAACGAUGACGCCGUUUCCAGUCCAUUCUUUUCUGCUCGUGGUGCCCCUGUUACUGAACGGUGUCUGCGUCACCUGCUCUCCAGGUUGCGCCUCUUGUGCCUUAGCAGCCAUGGACAAAGACGCAGAGGAGAAGCUGAUGACUGAAAUCGCCAAGCAGCAGAUUCUGGACAGACUGCACCUGAAAGAGAGACCAAACAUCACGCACACGGUUCCGCGGGCUGCGCUCUUUACUGCGCUGCGUAAACUGCACCCAGGGCGCAUCAGACAGGAUGGUACCCUAGAGCUGGACAACAACAUGCCCACCAGAGAUCGGGGCUAUGAAAUAGUCAGCUUUGCAGAUAUAAGUGAGACGGGCAGAAAUGAGAAAGCCAGUCUGAGCCUUUCCUUUCAGUUUCUGCAAGAACGAGGCCAGAGUCUCCAGGUCAUCCAGUCUUCACUGUGGGUCUACGUACACUCCUCUGAUGAAUCCCACCGAGGCUCCCGUAUCCCUGCCAGAGUGUAUCUCCCAGCAGAUGAUGGUCGGACACUGGUCAUUGAAAAGAUGCUAGAAGUCCAGGAGAGUAACUGGCACACCUUCCCUGUCACCCGUACCCUGCAAGCAUUUCUGGACGGUGGACGGCAUCGAUUACACCUGGAGGUCAGCUGUGAUGAGGGCGGGAGAAACCUUUGCUUCUUAGAAGCCUCUCCCGAUACCCCCCACCAGCCGUUCCUGGUGGCCCAGGUACGUCCGCGUGGCGAUGAGACCAGGCACUCGCUAAAGAAGCGCUCCUUGAGAUGUGGGAAAGAUGUGACCAUCUGCUGCAAGAGAGACCUGUACAUCAACUUCAAGGACAUCAAGUGGGAUGAGUGGAUCAUCGCCCCCGAUGGCUAUCACAUGAACUACUGCGUCGGUCAGUGUCCUCAGCAUCUUUCCGGCUCUCCUGGGAUUGCGUCAUCAUUUCACACCUCGGUCUUCAGUCAGCUGAAGAUCAAUGGCAUCAACACAGGUACAACUUCAUGCUGUGUGCCCACUGAGCGCCGGCCUCUCUCCAUGGUCUUCUUUGACUCUCAGCACAGCAUUGUCAAAAUGGACAUCCCGGACAUGAUUGUAGAGUCCUGCGGAUGUACAUAGGGCUCAUAAAAAAAAAAAACAGGAUUUGUUUAAUAAAAGGUCAGUAUAGUCUGUUAGAUAGACAUAUAAAUACAAGAAUGUGGAAAAAGAUGAAAGAGUUGUAGCUUGCUUUGGUGAACUCAGGCAACAUCUGAUAGGUGUCAAACAUAUGGCUUAAGGGCCAAAACCGGCCCGCUAAAUUCAGCCCGCUUGAUGAAUUUUGAAAGUGAAAAAAAAAACAAAAACUCAAACACUAUUUUACUACUAAAUUAUAUUUCAUUAAACAUGAAUAUUUUCUAAUAUAAUUGUACUUCUUUGCACGAAAACAAGGGGAAAAACGUCGUACUUAUUGUACUAUUUAAGGUAAUGAUGUCAUGAUGCUACUGUUACAGCCCACUUCACAUCUAAUUAGGCUGAAUGUAGCCCCUGAACCAAAAUGAGUUUGACACCACUGGUCUAUACCAAAGCUGAUGUGUAUGUGUUAAAGUAGAUGUAGGGAUAUUGCAACACAUAUGAAUGUCAUUUCUUUCUUUUUUUUUUUUUUUCAUUCUUACAUCAGAGGCAAACCUGCUCAGCCCAGGAAGAAGCAGUAGCAAAAAGGUUUUGGCCAAAAAGGUCCACGCACACUAAAAUGUUUUUAAUAUAUGUCAAACCAUGUGCAUUGAGAUUAUUGUUGUCUUUAAAGUUAAAAAAUGGGAAUCUAUUUUUUAAUCAAAACAGUGGCAAUUUACAGAACCAAUCUUGAGAUCCCAUUUUAACGUCAACAGAGAUUCAGAGUUUACACGGUGCCUUUUAUAGUCAGGAAGCCCGAUUGAAAUAUGGCCUUAUAGUAUUAUUCAUUUUAGACACCUUGGAGUGUUUUUUUUUUGUUUGCCUAAAAUUGGAAAAAAAA